AUGGCUUUCUCAACUGCGUCUCCAUCAGAUUACCGUUUCGCCCGCAUCACACCCCACGACCAUAGCGCUACGCUUUGGAUAAUUACUAUUCUAUCGCCCAUAUAUGCUACCUUAGUCCUCGGGAUACGUCUAGGAUACGCCAAAUGGAGAGCAUACGGCUUUGAUGAUCUUGUCGUUGUCUUGGCACAUGUUGUGGGGGCUGGAAUGUGGGUAACGCUACUGACGUCUAUUGGACAUGGUCUUGGAAAAUCAUACGAUAUCCUUGAUGAUGUAGACAUCACGAGUACAGCAGGUCUUUACAACCACUUGCUCGAGUAUCUGCUGACGCAUCGGAUCCCUCGGAUCCAAGCGCUUACUAUCAUUGACAUUAUCACCGAAUUCUUCACUGCUCUAAUACCAAUUUUGGGUUUAUAUCGUAAUAAAAUGCAUGUUGAGGAUAAGGCUAUGGUCAUGGUGGCCUUUUGCACUCGAAUACUAAAUGUCGUUUUCUCUCUCAUCCACAUGAUUGCAUAUUCAAAAUUUGUCAAUGAGCGCCAGACUGCUAUCCCAAUCGUCCCGACCGUCGUUUGGCAAAGCACUCUUCUAUGUUACAGCCUCAUAUCUACCACAACACCCACACUCAAGGGGUUUUCCCAAGGAUUCAAAACUACUGGCUUAUCUCUAGAAUAUGCUCGAGAUCCAGUAACAGGUGAAAUUAGUGGGGCGCGAACAAGCAUCGCGCUGAGACCCUUCAUGAAGUCAAGGUCAAGCUCGAAUGCUUUGCCUAAUGAAACCAUGUUAUAAUCCCACAGCAUAUCGAUACAAGGCAAUUCUAGAGAAAACUCCAAAGCAGACACUCUAG